AUGUUGUCUCUAUCGGUUCCAAGGAGUUCGAGAUCGCUCAGUCCCGCCCCAAGCAGAAUGUCUAGCUCCAUCAAAUCAUCUGCUUCUUCAAGCUUGAACACUGUCGACUCUGCCCGAUCUUCCUCUUCUGACACUCGAGAAAUGCGUGAAAGAGGAUCUUCUAUCUCGCUCUCUCCACGUUCCAUAAUCGUCAUCUGUCCCCAACUGACACCUUCACAGAUCGCUGUUAUUCGAAAAUCAUGGAGACAUAUCAAUACGAAAGGCCUUAUCUGCGUUUUAUCUCGCUGUUUUCAACGACUUGAAUCGUCAUGCCCUGUUGCCAGCAAGUGCUUCAUGUCCGCUAACUAUUCCUUAUCCACAACUGCUAAUCCCGUCCGCACUGUGUCUGAUCAUUCUAGAUUUCUACUCGGCUUGUUAGAUCGUAUCAUAGACGGUGAUUACGAGUACGAUGAAGUACGUGAUAUUGGAGCUCGUCAUGUGGGAUUGCAUCAUGAAUUUGGAUUCUCUACUACCGAAUUAGAUCGUUUCCAAGAAAUAUUUGUUGAAGUUAUGCUUAAACAGGAUGGAAUUAAGCAAAGCAAAGAGACGAGUCGUGCUUGGAGACUCCUGAUUUGUUCUUUGAUUGAUGUUUUCCGCGAUGGUUUCGAACAUCAGAUGAGACACUUUCGACGAAAGCAUUCCUUCAAUGCUCACACUCAAUAUUUUGAGAAUAUCGAAAGAAGAGCAUCCUUAUGUCCUUCUCGUAAAGCCUCAUUGAAUGUUGAUACUCCAUUUCAUGCUCGAAAGCUGUCUGAUUGA